CCAGCAGGAAGUAAAUGAACUGCAGCCCAACAAUGGUGCUGUCCAAAUCUAGACACAGCUAAUUAUCUCUCCGCUGCCGUCGCUUUAUUUUACUUAUCUUAAAGCCAAAUGUGUUUUGGACAAAGAGAAAGUUUCCCCGUGAUGUUCGUGUCGCUGCCCGGCUCGUCUGUGUGGGUUUGUGUGCAGCUGAAUGGAGUCUGGAUGCAGAUUGAAAACGUCACCAUCCCCAGUAUAGGAGAGCAGAUCGUCUACCUGAUCUUCUUCCACCUCUCCUUCAUCAUGUUUGUUUGGUCUUACUGGAAGACCAUCUUCAGCCAGCCGGACAACCCCUCCAAAGAGUUCCGCCUGCCCAAAGCUGACAAGGAGCGUUACGAGAAGGAAGAGAGGCCAGAGUCCCAGCAAGAGAUCCUGUGGAGAGCCGCCACCAGUCUGCCUAUGUACACGCGCACAGGAGCCGGAGCAAUCCGUUACUGCGACCGCUGUCAAGUUAUCAAGCCAGACCGCUGUCAUCACUGCUCCGCCUGUGACAUGUGUGUGCUGAAGAUGGACCACCAUUGUCCCUGGGUGAACAACUGUGUCGGAUUCUCCAACUACAAGUUUUUCAUCCUCUUCCUGGCUUACUCGCUGGUGUACUGUUUGUUCAUUGCCGCCACCGUGCUGCAGUAUUUCAUAAAGUUCUGGACACUUUGCCGGAGGAAAUCGGCAGAGAACUGCCCAAAGAAUGAGCUGCCAGACACUCACGCCAAAUUCCACGUCUUGUUUCUCUUUUUUGUGGCGGCCAUGUUCUGCAUCAGUAUUCUGUCCCUCUUCAGCUACCACCUGUGGCUCGUAGGGAAGAACAGGUCCACUAUAGAGGCCUUCAGAGCGCCAGUCUUCAGGGCCGGCUCUGAUAAGAACGGCUUCUCUCUGGGUUUCCGGAAGAACAUCGCUCAGGUCUUUGGAGACCAGAAGAAGUACUGGCUGCUGCCCGUCUUCACCAGUCAGGGAGACGGUCUGACGUUCCCGACACUACUGGUCCCCGCUGAUGUGGAGCAGCAGGCCACCGUGACGCUGCAGCCUGAGGCAAACAAGAGUGCUGCUGAAGUCCCCGUGAGCCCCGUGAGCCCCGUGAGCGAGUCUCACAAUCACCUCCUGAGCAACGACCUGCAUGCCAACAACAUCGGAGAGCAUCAGGCUAACAACACCCACAAACCAGCUGAAAGUGAAACCAUCACAAUCUCCAUAGAGAGCGAGUCCUAACCCGAAGAAACUCCUCAGUCAUCUAGUUCCCAGCGUAACCCCAUCCCCACAGAUUCAUUCAGAGUAACUAUGGAAAUGCAUUUCGUUCGCCUGCAGUGAUGCAUCUAUGGCGUUGGCAUUCUCGCAUGCAGUGUCAUGAGCAAAUCUCACACCUACUCCUCCCUGUAGGACGUUUGAUAAAAGCUUCUUCCCUCUCACACACACACACACAUAUGCUAACACUCACACAUUCAUCUGUAUACAUACUUACUUGUGUUGUUUACUUUUCUUAUUGUGAAGCUUUUAUUGAUAAAAUGUCCCAGAAGAGGAACAUGAGCUUCUUUUGGUGUUUUAAUGAGAAAUGUUUUUGGUGCCAAAAGCGUCCCGGGUGCACCGGAGGGGGGGGGCAAGCUGGAGGUGUGUGUGUGUGUGUGUGUGUGUGUGUGUUUUUGAACAAUUCCCUCCCGUGUUUUUAGAAGGCAGUAUAUCCCGAGGAGACUGAUCAGUUUACCUGUGUUUUUUUUAUUUUAACUCGUAAUGUUGGAGCGUUUCUGUGAUCUGCAACUUUUUGAGGUGGAUGUUUUCCGCCUCAGCCUGGACACAGAGACUCUGCUGCGUGGCUCAGUGCACCGCAAAGGAGACCGGAGGGUUUGGAUGGCGUUUUGGAUAUCAGAGCACAAGGUGGCACAUUUGCACUUUGUAGAUUAUCAAUGUCCAUCAAACGACGACACGCUGCUUUGUCUUUUCUUUUCUUUAAAUCAUGUGUAAUGUUGGAUGAUCACGUGAUUUAUGGCGUAUUGUUUGUGUGUGAAUGUGUGUAACAGUUGGGGUGGCAGUCUUUUUUUUUAAAGUAACAGCAACUUAAAUAAUCAGUUUAAUGUGUUUUUGCGGACAACUCGUGUUAAAGGAACACUUCACCCCCAAAUUGAUCAUUUGCAUAUAAAUGACUCGCCUCAAGGUACCUUGAGUUCUUAAAGAGAACCUAGUCUCACUACUUCACAAACACAUGCACUUUCACUGAAACCUUCACUAAGUGUAUCAAACAGCAAGGUUUUAGUAAAAAUACAUGUUUGGGGAGUAGUGAGCAAAUGUAAACGUUUUACUGUUGUUAAACUCACCCCCGUUUAUUUCAAUUCAUCAAGACUUUUCGCAGGUUUUUAAUUCUUCUUUCACCGUGAAGGCAUGCGAGGAUAAACAAAGUUUUCUUCAAGAAUUCAAGUUGAAACGGUGACGUAUUCCUCUAACACAUGCUGAUUGCCUGUGAGAUGCAUCUGUGCAGCGUAGUCACUACCUGUUCUUGUAGAGUCAUAUGUAAGUAUCUCAUCAGCCGAUCAAUGAUUCUGCAGCCUGUCUUUCUACAGCUCAGUGCUUCAGCCUUUACUAAAACACCAACACUCAUUGCCAAAUAAGGGCUGACCUGCUCUGACCUCUGAACCUGAAGUGUUUACAACAGCUUUAUCUUAACCUCACUGCCCAAUGUCAUCGUAACCAAAUCCUAUUUACUAGUCGUUCUACAAGGUUCGUCUGUCCCUCCUGCCUGCAGCGGGUCAUGAUGUCCUUGCAAUACCAGUGCUGGCCGGCAGGUGGCGACACAACAGCUUCAUCUACAUGUGGAUCAAUUCACUUUCAGUCUAAUUUGCAGGUGCAGCUUCAGAAUUAAUGGUUUCCCGCAGUUAAUAUGCAUUACGUUACUGUAACAACUCAUCCAGAGUCCAUUUGAAAUGAAAGUGAAUUGAACCCCAUCUGAUGUAAUGUAAAAUAGAGGAGACGGACAGCUUCUUCUCACCUUGUGUGUACUUGGGAGUGAGCUAAGUGUUGCUACCUUGAACUGUUAAAGGAGUGUGUUAAAGUGAAACUUGUGUCAGUGUUGAACAUCUGGGGUGUGACCGCGACUCCGAGGGUCUAACAAAACGUGUAAAAGGCAUGCACAUGUGAAUAUCUGUUAAAGAAUGGAAACUUUUGUCAGUAUAACCAAAUAACAAGUGUUCAGGAUUGAGUUACGUCUAAGGAAUUAAUUUAUUAUGCAACUUUUCAAUUCACGUUGGAGGGAGCAGCAAAUUCCUGAUGUCUGUCAUUGCUCGUCUCUCUGAUCACGUCCCUGACUUUUGCUGGACGAGCAUCCAAACCAGAUCCGCCCGGCUCUGGUGAUGUACAAGUUUACAGCUGUUUCUAUAGUGUAGAGUGAGUUUGUGGUGUUGUGCUGUGUUUCUUGGUAAUCAUUGUCACAGUUGUGCUGAAUGUACCACAGAUAGUGGUACAUGGACAGUGGGGGGACUAACUGAAUGAUGGAGCGUUAAAAACAGCUUUUUACACCUUCUGUUUACGUUUCAUCCUUCCAAUCAUGUUCGACCUUUUGAGUCCAAGUGUAUUUAUAAUUACUCUGUACACAUUGGAGGACAGUUGUAGGGCUGCAACUAACACGUUUUUUAAUUCUCGAUUAAUCCGCCGAUUAUUUUGUCGACUUUAUAAUCAUUUGGUCUAAAAAAUGUCAGAAAAAGGUUCACAACAGUUCCUCUAAGUCCGAUGUGAUGUCUUUAAAUGUCUUGUUCUGUCCAAAACCCAAAGAUGUUCACCUUAAUAUAAUAUAAAGCAGCAAAUCUCCAUGUUUGAGAGGCUGUGAGGAGCAUUUUCUGACAUUUUUGCAUGAAGAAAUCGAUUAAACGAUCAUUAAAACAGUCGGCGAUUAGUCGACUAAUCUUUGCAGCUCGAAACAUUUGUUACUCAAUUUAAAUUUCUGUCCGAGAUCACGAUUCGAGGCAAGAUUUAUGUUUCCAUCUUUUCUAAACCUCACACCUAAAACAUGAGUUUAAAAAAGAAGGGACUAAACUGUAAAUGUUGUGCAUCGUGUGUGAGGAGCUCGUUCACUGAAACAUUGGACCUGUCGUCGUCUUGUUUUACAAAUUGCCUAUAUUCUCUCUCUGGGCUGUUUGGCCUCGAGACUAAAGUGUGCGUGUGUAUUUUGUAUCGCUUAAUUGAGUGUUCUUUUGUAAUAUUGUCUUCUGUGCAGCGAUGAGAUUUUUACAUGUCUGUGUACAUACGUAACGCCUGACUAAUGCUCAGCAGCAUGGCGCAUAACUUGUGUACGAAAGUGUUUUACCAUGAUAACGAGGAUUAUGGAGGUAAACAAGCAUUGGGGUUUUUCAAUUAUUGCUUUGUGCGUCAUGUUUUAAAUUUGCUUUACUCUGUUCUAUCUCAACUUUAUAAAUGAAGCCAUAAAAACUGCUGUGAAAACAGGAAGGACGGGAACAUUUCUCUUAUUUCAUUUUACAUCUGUAUUCAUAUUGCAGAUGUAGCCGAUCGUAACUUGCUUAUUGCUACACUUUGGUUUCUUUUUGUUACAAUGUCCUAUUUUACAAAGUGUGUGUGUAUAUAUAUUGAUAAUGUAAGAAAAAGCCUACAUAUAUUUUUCUUGUCUGUUUAAUUUUUCUGUUCCUAUUUUGUGAAUGAAGUACUAGCCUCUACACAAUUAACGUGAAAAUAACAAUAAAUGUUUUUUUUUUUGUUUU